CGAUUUCUUUGAAUACAGUCGUGUAGCUACAAACCAGAGUUCAUUUCAGGUUUAUGUCAAUACUUUCAAGCUAGCUUUGUAGACAAACGUUAGAUUUCGUCGCGCAGUUGCGUGCGAGGAAGCUAGCUAGCAAGCUAUUUUAAUAGCUGGGCAGCUAGGUAGCUAGCGAUCCAACAUUUAUUGCCAUGGUAUCUGUCUAAACUUCUAAUUUUGGGUUGUGGUGUGGUUGGCUCCCUAGCUACCUCUAAUUGUAAAGUAAUGCCGGUAGUUAAAGUAUGGAGGCGAUUCUGAGCAGGCUGAGGGAGCUGAGCGCGGACCAACUCCGGGAGGAGAUCAUAGGGGCGGACAUCAAGUGCGGGCCCAUCACCGCCACCACCAGGGCCAUCUUUGAGCGGAAGCUGGCCCGUGCCCUUCUUGGAAAUGAAGGCGGCGCCUCAGAGGUGGACACUGGUGCCCCCGGAGGUGCAGAGAUCGCCACGCCCGGUGUGGAGCAGGCCAAACCCGUGUCAUGUGCCACGCCCACGGACCCACAGGCAGCCAGUGAGGAAGGGGACUUUGGCUAUGGCCUGGGGCUCAACCCCCCAGAUGAGGAGGCUUUGCUGGAGAAGCCCCGGACCCCGUGCCACAUUAGCGUGGAGGAAGUGAGCUCCCAGCCUGAUGGGCAAACCCCCUCAAAGACACCCCAGGUGUCCCCACCCAUCUACUAUGGAGUGUGUCCGCUCUGGGAGGAUGUGCUGGCCCGAAACGACAGAGUCCAUGUGUACGUAGAUAAGAAGGAGGCUCUGCAGGCUGUUAAGAUGAUGAAAGGAGCCAGAUUCAAACCCUUCUCAAACCGAGAGGAUGCUGAGAAGUUUGCCAAGGGAAUUUGCGAUUACUACCCCUCACCCAGCAAAUCGGCGCCAUGCGUGUCACCAGGGAAACCGGGUGUAGUGUUCUACAAGGAAGGCCCCUCUGUCCUGGAGUCAGAGACCAUCAACAGAGAGCGGGCCAACAGCUUCAAGAGCCCACGCACACAGGACAUCACAGCCAAACUGAGGAAGGCUGUGGAGAAGGGGGAUACAGCGGCCUUCACUGAGCUGGUGUGGAGCAACCCGCGCUAUCUCAUCGGCUCAGGGGACAACCCCACCGUGGUGCAGGAGGGUUGCCGCUAUAAUGUCAUGCAUGUGGCAGCCAAGGAGAACCAGCCUGCUAUCGCCCAGCUUCUCCUGGACACCCUGGAAAACCCAGAGUUCAUGCGCCUGAUGUACCCUGACGACCAGGAGGCCAUGCUGCAGAAACGCAUCCGCUACAUCGUGGACUUGUACCUCAACACACCCGACAAAGCAGGCUUUGAGACUCCUCUCCACUUCGCCUGCAAGUUUGGUUGUCCGGAAGUGGUAAAUGUUCUGUGUUCACAUCCAGGUACUGAUAAAAACUGCAAGAACAAGUACAACCAGAAGCCCUCAGAAGUGAUCUGUGAAAGAAAAAAUAAAACUCAAGAGGUGAAACAGAAGAUCAUGGACUAUUUGGAAGAUCGAUUCUAUAUACCUUUACUGAGGGCCACAGACAACUCUUCCCAGCCUGUGAUUGGUGCUCCCUGGUCACCUGAGCCAUUGGAAACCCUUUCCCAUUCGCUCCCCAGACUGACAGGAAGUCCUAAAGACCCAAUAAUGGCAGUGAGAGCGUUUGCUGGCCCACUCAGCCCAUCCAAGGCAGAUGAGUUCCGCAGGGCGUGGAAGACGCCCCCAAGAGAGCGGGCGGAUCAUUUCCACCAUAUCCUCAAGUCCGAUCCUGACCGCGGGGCAGAGAGAGUUGGCAGAGACCUGGCCCAUGAAUUCGGUCACCCCUGGGCUGAGUACUGGGACUUCCUGGGCACCUUCACAGAUUUUACCUCUACAGAGGGGCUCCGGAAACUGGAGGAGUAUUUAAACAAGAAGGACUUAAGUGAGCGUUCCCAGGAAGAGGCUGGAGAAAAUGAAACCAGCAACAGGUUCAAAACUCCCUCCCCAGGCAAACCCAAGAAAUUCUGCAAUUCCAUCUCGGUGGGCGCUUUUCUGGACGAGGGCGAUGACAUCAGCCUGGAGGAAAUGAAGAACCGGCAGAACGCCGCCCUCACCAGCAUCACGGCAGUCUGUUCCAAGGACAGCCUGAAGGGGGCUGUGGGCGGCCUGGAGUUCCACAUCCUGCCCAUGUCACAUGGCGCCGACCUCAUCGAGACCGCAGCCGAGCGGGACCGGCUCCGUGCCGACAAGGGUCUCCUGUCAGCCAGCAAGAACGGGCUGUGCUCGCCGGCAGACGGGGAGAGGACUCACAAUGGCGAGCGGCUCUCGCGCAGUGCCUCCUCUGGCCUCCUGUCCCCCGUCUCCAAUCUGAUGGUGGAGUUUGAGAGGAUGUCCCUGCAGGACACACCGGAACACCAGCCGGGGGAGAGGCGGAGGAGUGGUGGGAGUCUCCGGCACAGGGAGGCCAGAGACGUGUGCGCCCCUGACCUGAUAUCUGGGGUGGCCCGCUUGGCACUCUCGGCGAACGACGAUGUGUUCGGGAAAGGGGGCUUGGACACGAGGGACGGCGGUUUCUGGAGAAUGGGAGAAAAGAGUGAGGUGGACAGGGAGAUGGGGGACAAGUCCAGCAUCAGCUCGGAGGAGUACUUCAUGGCAGAGGAGAACCUGGAGGCCCUGCACCUAAGGACAGGAGUCUCAGCCUCGGAGCACGGCUUCUGUGCCCGGUCCAGGUCCUGGGACCAUGGGGGCAGGGAUCUUAGCAGCUCGGGGUCCUCCAGCUCCUCCUACAAAUCCAUAGAGAAUUCGCAAGUGGACUUUAUAUUAACAAAUCUACCACAUGUUAAAAAAGGUCUUUUCAUUGAAGGGGACUCUCCGACCAAGCUGGACAAAGAAGUCAUGUCAGCAAUAGAAGCCAUAGAGAUUGACCCACAGAAAUAUCCCAGCAUUCACAAGUGGAAGAGCACAGUCCAGAAAUAUUCUUCCUCUGAGAUGCAAAGCUGGCCGAGCCCGGCGGUGGUCAAAGGCCGCCCCAGGCCACAGGUCUACACCCCCGGCUCGCCCGGAAGCAGCCUCCUGUCCACCCCCGGCAGGUUCAGCCCCGCCCGGCACACAGGCUCACCUGACUUCACCAGCCCCAGUCGCUACAGCCCCGCAAACGCCAGCUACAUCCAGCGCAUUCGCCUCAAGCACUUCGCCGAGCCACCACUCUAACUGCACGCCCAGCCAGAAAUGACACAGCUCCACAAUGGCUCAAUCAGAUGUACUAUUCAAAUAUGCACAAGUGUCCUGAGGAUAUUCUUCUUUUACUUCAACGAUAGACGGCACUGUAAUAUAUCGCAUUCAGGAAUCUCGACACGAUGGGUUUCGCUGUAAGUUUCAGAUUUUUCAGCAGGUUUCUUUUACAAUGUAUGUGUGGCUGUGGGCUUUGUUUAAAAAGACAGCAAUGAUAAUAUUAGCUAAGGGACAAAAAAACAGCUGUUAUUUGUUUUCGAAUGCUUGCAUCAGUUUUUAAAUUAAUACAGUCAUCCAGCUAAGUCUCCCCAAAAAAAUUUAACGUGGAUGCUCAUCCAACUUAAAAAAAAAAAAAUAAAAAAUGU